UGGUUGAACUAGGUAUUGCAGGGGGGACUGGAUGGGCGCAGUGAAUUUCAUCUUGUGCUGAGUGGUCUUUUGGGGUCGCUUCAGGAAGUCGAGUCCAUUGUAUUCUGAUCGUGUCGUCAGUCGCGCGCCCCUGGGAGGGGGGCCCCGUGUACGUGCAAAUUCGGUCGGCAGAGAGACUAAAGAGAGGCAGUCCGAGGAAAGAUAAACCCUGACUUUCAUCAAACUUAUCUGCACACUUGGAUUACACUGACGAUCAUUGUAAAUCGCUUGUUUGACGGCACGAGCAUGUCACCCGUGGGACAGAGAGAGAAGGCUGCCCUCAGGCAGUGCGUUCAGGCCCGGGCCCAGCUGGACGAGGCCAUCGCUGGGGUCAUCAGAGCUGAAGUUCAGCUGCGGAGCAACUCCAGAGAGGUGAAGUCUCAGCUGCACAGCUGUAUCAGUAGACAUCUGGAGAUCCUUCGCUCUCGUGAGGUCUGGCUGCUGGAGCAGAUCGAUCUGGUGGAGCAGCUCAAAGGAGAAACUUUACAUCAGCAGCUACAGCAGCUGCAUUUGCUCAAAGGCCAGUUUGACAUCCUCAUUCAUCAGCUGGAGUACUCCAGUAGUAAUAAUCUUCCCGUCCAGUUUACCAACUGCCUGGAAAAGCUUUCUUCUCUCAACCUGACUCCUGAAGAAACCCCAGAGAUGAGUUUCCAAGCAGAUGCACGCAGCUUGCGCAAGGCUAUCACCUCCUUUGGGACCAUUUCCACCCAGCAGAUGGAGACCUCAGACUCCUCUGAGAGACCGUGGCUUCUCCAGGACUGCCCAGUUUCUUGCAAGAGACCGAAAGUAGAUCCUGAAUGUGCCACACCUCUGGCUGAGUGGCUUCUAGGGGACCGUCCUGUAAGCAGCGCUCCUGCAGGACACCACUUCAACACAAACACCCAGGACUGGCUGCUUGUUUCCAAGGAACCUCAGGGAGAGCAACAGUUACCUGCCUUUGACUUCCAAAAAGCUUGGGGCCAGCUCCAAGACCUGGAGUCGUGGCUUCUCAAGGAGAAGUUGCCAGUUCGUGAACGAACCUGUAGCGUAAGCUCAACCUUCUCGAUUGAGAUGAUCGAGGAAAGUGACCUAAACCUGGAAGAAGUGGAAGACGAGCAGGACAAAGGGGACGGCACUGUUGAGGAAGAAGAACUCAGCAAGUGGCUCUUCAGCCCAAGCCCGUUCAAGCAAUAUAAGACCAGCCCGGUGUCAGAUGCUGACCGCUUCAAGCAGAUCAUCAACCCCUUUUACGAGAGCUUCUCCUCCAGCGAUUGGCUAAUGAAGUCCAACUGCAGCUCUUGCUGUGCCACACGCAGCGCUGCCGUGGAAAUCGAGAACCUUGGAAAGCUCAAGUGCCUAAAGACUCCACCCAGUACUCCAGUCACCAGUCCAGAAGCCAUCGAGAUGUGGCUUCACAAGACCGUCCCUAUCGAGACCACCUGCAAAGCCAACGAGACCUGCGACAGCUACACUCAAUGUGUCUGUGACGACAACUGUGGAAAAGAGGCCCUCAGUGCUUGGCUCCUCCAGAAAGAGGGUCGAGAUAAGAAUGGUGUUCCUGUCAAUAAGAACGCCCCAAACAAAGCCUCCAGCCAGCAGCAGAAGGUGCAAGCCAUCCUAGAGACGUGGCUGCACCCGAGCAACAGUAGCAAGUCCCCUGCCCUGUCAUCCCUCUCUGCCUGGGUGACCCCGUACGUCAAAACCUCAGACUCUGAGAGCUCCACCCAGGAGCCUUUGCAGAACUGGAUUUUCCCAACGAUUAAGCACAUUAGCACAACCACUGAGAUGCCAAAUGAGCCAAAGAGUGAGAACCACAUAGAGCGAGACAGCAAGGACAUCGAGGAGGACAAAUGGCUUCUACGCAAGCGGGCGAGUGCACAGGAAAGGCUAGGCCUGCCCACAGUAUGUGACCUGUUUACCUGUCUGAAGCUCAGUGGGGACAAAGAAAAGUGGCUACAUCAAACAGCUACACAGAUAUGAAUGCAACAUCCAUUGGCUUUUGGAGAUUGACUCCAGUACUAUUUAAUCACUGAUCAUUGCACAAUAUUUUUCUGUAGUGCUCUUUAGGGAUUCAUUCUCUCUGUAAUCUUCUGGAGAUUGGAAGGGUGAUCUGGACUAAACGUCCUGUCCAGGAGGCAAGGCUUUUGGUACGCCAUCACUAGAGGAAGUGUUAAUGCUGGGGAAUUCCUGUCAUUUUGCCCUUUUAUUGGCUUAACGCAAUUAAAUUCCAGUAAUGUGGUGGAGACCAAUGCGUUUAUAUUAGAAUGAACUAAUCUCAUUUAGAAAUCAUGAGGAAAUGGACCAGAUUGGUGCAUACAAAACAAAUACUCGUUGAGAAGAACUGAAGCAUAAAAAUAAAUCUAUAUUACUUUUAAUCACGCACAAUUACAGCUUUUAUUAUUCACAUUUUAGAGCUCAGUCUUGCACAUAUAGAGGAAGUCAUGCCUUAAAGCAGAGAAUGAUUCCCUCCAAAUCUUUAAAUAUAUAUUUAUAUCGAAUUUUCUCAAGUAUAGAAUGAGCUUCCCUUGCAGUUUAUUUUAUUUUAUUUUAUUUCAUUGAUUAAAUUAUAUACCUUAGUGGCAUAUUAAACUCAUAUACCAACUAAACAUAGCAAAACUUCUGUUAUUGAAACUUCGGUGCCUGACAUCGAAUGUGUAGCAAUGCUUGUUGUAAGUCCACCUAAUCAUCGUUUGCCAUUUCUGCUGUGUGGCCUUGGUCUUAGGCUCAGAUUUGUGGUAAAUGUUUAGAAUAGAAUCAAUAGUUAUUUUUAAAUGGAAUUGCUCAUAUAAAAACACUGGUGUUGCAUGAUGCCUUUGCUGUGAAGAUCCCUGUCUGCAUAAAAGACCAGAUUUGUUCUUUGCACUUGCUGAGCAAAGACUACAUGUGAAACUGGUUCAAAAAUCAAACUGCUUCUUUUAGAUAGAAUAAAAAAAAGUUUAUAAUAUGUUCCAGUCAUUCACCUAGUAAUGGACUAAGGACUUGGUACAUAAACCAACAAUGCAAAAAUCUUAGUAUAUAUAUAUAUAUAUAUAUAUAUAUUUUUUUUUUUUUUUCUGUCAGCAUGUGCCAGUGUUGGAGUUUUGCACACAUAUACUGUUGGUUAAUCUAAAAUACUGCUUAUGUGAUCUCUAAUGCUUUCAUCCUUGUCAGCUGGAUAAAUAAAAGUACAUAAACGUG